AUGGCUGAAACUUUGAGAAUAAAUAACGAUACAUUUAAAUUAAACCAAGGGGUAGAGAUACCAAAGAUUGGUCUUGGGACUUAUAAGAGUGGCAAGGGAGGAGAGGCUUACGAAGCUGUCAAAUCUGCUUUGAAAAAUGGAUAUACACACAUUGAUACUGCUGCUAGGUAUGGUAAUGAAGAAGAGAUUGGCAAGGCCAUAAAGGAUUCUGGUAUUCCUAGAGAAAAAGUCUUCAUAACCACCAAGUUGUGGAAUGUUGACCACAAGAAUGUAGAGGAGGCUUUGGAUACUUCAUUGAAAAAGUUGAAAACUGAAUACAUUGACUUGUAUUUAAUUCACUGGCCCGCAUCUAUUGAUCCCGAAACGGAUGAACAAUAUGAGGAUUGGAACUAUGUGGAAACAUACAAAGAGUUGCAAAAAUUGAAAUCUAAUACCGAUAAGAUAAGAGCGAUCGGUAUUUCCAAUUUCACCAUUAAAAAGUUGAAGACCUUGUUAUCCGAUCCAGAGGUAAAUGUUAUGCCUGCAGUCAAUCAAAUUGAAGCACACCCUCUUCUUCCUCAGCCUGAAUUAUACAACUACUCAAAGCAGAAAGGGAUCAAGAUAGAGGCAUAUUCACCUUUGGGCUCUAGUGGUGCUCCAUUAUUUAAGAAUGAAACCAUUAAUGAAAUCGCUGACAAGAAUGGUGUGGAUUCGGCUAAUGUCUUGAUAUCUUGGGCCAUUCAAAGAGAUACUGUUGUCUUACCAAAAUCGGUAACAGAAGCAAGAAUUAUCAAUAAUUUGAAAACAUUUACGUUACCAGCUGAAGACUUUAGAACUUUGGAAAGGCUAUCAGAGAAAUAUGGAGUUACGAGAAUUAAUGAUCCGGCAUUUAACAGCUUUGAAGAUUAG